AUGGACGUACCGCGGAUGAAGAAAGAGACUGCGGUCGCGCUACAUUCCACCUUGGAUGAGUUCCAGCGACACGUCAAGAUCCUCAAGCAACUGGGCGAGCCAACGGAUGCGUGGAGUACACUGUUGGAACAUCUCCUGUGUUCAAGACUUCACGAUGAAACCAUCAAGGCGUGGGAGGACCAUGCAGCGACUGUCGACGACCAGAGCUACUCCUGUUUGGUCGAGUUUUUGGAGAAACGAGUUCGUGUGCUGGAAUCGAUUUCGGCCAACCAUCAUGGUAAUCAACCAGCACCUGCUUCUCAGCCGAGCGGAUCCCAUUUCCGCAAACCCUUUAUCAAGAUGUCAUCCCAUUCCGUGACCGAAAGUUCGUUUCCUAAAUGCCAUGCCUGUGACAACCGUCACGCUCUUGUGAGAUGUCCUCGCUUCAUGGCAAUGGCUGUUGCCGAGAAGCUGCGUCUCGUGAACUCCAAGCGUCUUUGUGUGAACUGCUUCCGCCAAGAUCACUUCGCCCGUGAUUGCUCUUCGAACUACACAUGCCGAGUGUGUAGAAAACGCCACCAUUCUCUGCUACAUUUGGGUUUCGCCAGCGGUUCCAAUCAACCCAAUCAAGAUUCCUCUUCCAACGUACCCAGUGCUAGCACCAGUUCCACGCUACCUUCCAAUAGCUCCCAGAACAACGACCAACGCCGAGUCCAAUCCGCUUCGGCAAUCGCUCAACCCUCCGAUGUUCAAAGUAGUAACGUUGCUCGUGAUACUGUUCCCACCGUGUUUAUGCUGACUGUUGUCCUCAAGAUCGUAGAUACGUAUGGAAAGGAGCACUACGCUCGCGCUCUACUCGACAGUGGUUCCCAACCAAAUUUGAUGACGGAUCGAAUGGCACAGCUGCUCCGGUUGAAACGGCAGAAGUUCAACGUACAGGUACAAGGAAUAGGAGAGAAACCAGAAUACGCUAACGAGUCUGUAUCCACCGAAAUUCGUUCGCGAAAGGGAGAGUUUGCACGGAACGUCACGUUUUUGAUCCUACGCAAGCUGACUUCCAGUCUUCCCAGUUGUUCCGUGCCCGUGGACCAUUGGAAGCUUCCCAAAGACCUCUUCCUGGCCGAUCCGGAGUUCAACCGUUCCAGUGAUGUGGAUUUAAUUUUGGGAUCGCAGCAUUUCUUCGAUUGCUUCCCUACUGCGGCAAGAAUUCAGCUGUCGGACAGUCUUCCGAUACUUGUUGACAGCGAAUUUGGGUGGAUCGUCGCAGGCGGUGCUCACCUUGUUCCUUCGUCAAUGGAUUCCGUGUGCUGCAAAACUGUUACGGUUUCCGUGGACCCCCUCGAAAAAUGUAUGGAGAAGUUUUGGAGCGUUGAGGAGCUGCCCAUCAGGUCUGCCUUUUCCGUGGAGGAGAAGGCAUGUGAGGACUACUACGUGUCAACAGUUUCGCGAACCCAAGAAGGACGAUAUGUGGUGCGCUACCCAAAGCGCGAGAACUUCAGCACCAUGAUCGGCGAAUCCAAAUCCACGGCUCUCCGGCGAUUUUCCAUGCUGGAGGGACGCUUUUCCAAAAAUCCAGGAUUGCAGGAAAGCUACGAAAGUUUCAUGGCGGAGUACUUAUCCAUGGGACACAUGCGCCAAGUCCAGGAAGAGAACAGCGACGUGCUGGCUUAUUACCUGCCUCACCAUCCUGUUAUAAAAGAAGCAAGUACAACCACAAAAACACGUGUCGUUUUCGAUGGCUCCAGCAAAACUUCCACCGGCCAUUCUUUAAACGAAGCACUGUGUGUGGGUCCGGUUGUGCAGGACGAUCUGCUGACUUUGGUGAUCCGCUUCCGAAAAUUUCCAGUGGCUGUUGUAGCGGACAUCGCCAAAAUGUACCGCCAGGUGCUAAUCCACCCCGAAGAUGCACCACUCCAAAGAAUUGUUUGGGGAUCCAAUCCUUCGCAACCUCCAGCUACUUUUGAGCUGCAGACGGUCACCUAUGGCCUCGCUCCGUCAUCAUUCCUGGCCACCCGCACACUGCAGCAGCUUGCAGAAGACGAAGGUCAUGCUUAUCCUCUCGGCAAGCCGGCCCUCACAAAAUCCUUCUAUGUCGACGACUUCAUAGGAGGAGCCGAUUCCAUUCCUGAAGCCAUCCAAUUGCGUGUGGAGCUGACUGAUCUUCUUGCGAAAGGAGGAUUUCCGAUCCGUAAAUGGACGUCUAACAAACUAGAGGUACUGCAAGGUCUGGAUGCUGACUCCAUCGGCACGCAAUCUAGCGUGCGAUUCGACCCGGAUGAAACCGUGAAGACAUUGGGCAUCUGCUGGGAACCUGAGCGAGAUCAAUUCCGGUUCAACUAUCACGUGAGCCAAACCAUCCUGAGAGCAACGAAACGAACCAUCCUAUCCGCUAUUUCUCAGCUAUUUGACCCGUUAGGGUUGGUAGCGCCGAUUGUUGUACGGGGAAAAAUGCUGAUGCAGGAGUUGUGGCUGAUAGCCUGCUCCUGGGACGACGAAGUCCCUGACAUCGUGAAGCAGAAAUGGGAGACCUUCUACCAUCAACUUCCGAAACUGUCAGAAUUUCGAAUUCAGCGCUACGCAUUCCAAGCUAAUUCCGUGGUACAACUCCACACGUUCGCGGACGCAUCGGAAGCUGCUUACGGAGCUUGUAUCUAUGCACGCUCUGUGGACCCCGAAGGACGAGUAACAAUCCAGCUUUUGGCCGCGAAAACUCGCGUGGCGCCCCUCAAAAGGUUGUCUCUACCCAGGCUCGAACUGUGUGCAGCAGUUGUCGCCGCUCAACUACAUGGACGAGUCAACGAAGCGUUGGACAUGAAUAUGGCUAGCUCUUUUUUCUGGUCCGAUUCCACGGUGACGCUCCAGUGGUUGAAAUCCGCUCCAAACACGUGGAAGACAUUCGUAGCCAACAGAGUGUCCGAGAUUCAGACAACCACCCACGGCGCUCGAUGGAACCAUGUGGCAGGAUCGCAGAACCCCGCUGAUUUGCUGUCUCGUGGAAUGAGCGUUGAAGAUUUCCUCCAGAGUACGCUUUGGAAAAUUGGACCAGAUUGGCUGUCCCGUUCCGAAGAAGAUUGGCCGAUUCCUAACCAGUUCGAUUCAUCCGAGACCGAUAGUGAACGCCGACCAAUGAUUUCCGCUGUAGCUCGCGCCGAACCGAAGUACAACCCGCUGUUCUCCCGGUACUCGCAGUUCUCCCGCUUGACCCGUAUAGUAGCCUACUGCAUGAGAUUUGCUGAGAACGCCCGCUCGCAAUCCAGAACACGUCCUGUCGCUUUUGUCGGUCCUCUACCUAGCCUGUCGCUCACCGUUGAUCAACUAUCACAAGCCAGAACCAAGCUGAUUAUCCUCGCUCAGGCAGACUGCUUCCAAGAUGAGAUGAAAGACCUUCAGCAAAACCGCCCACUAAAAAGGCAAUCUUCCGUUCGACUUCUGAAUCCUUUCCUAGACCAAAAAGGUGUGUUGAGGGUAGGGGGGCGGCUUAGAUUGGCAGAACGGUCAUAUGAAUCCAAACACCCAGCUUUGAUUCCCAGUUUCCAUCCCCUUGCUAAGCUCAUAGCAACUUCCUUCCAUACAAAAUUAAUCCACGGUGGCGGCCGACUUACUUUGGCCGCAAUGCGCGAAGAAUAUUGGCCAGUCCAUGGAAGGCGACUGGUACGCAGCAUCAUUCGCAACUGUGUUCAGUGUACCCGAGCAAAUCCCGUCCCGGUCCGUCAGCAGAUCGGCCAACUUCCGGCUGCCCGAGUCACCCCGAGCAGACCCUUCGCCGUGACAGGGGUGGACUACGCUGGACCCGUCUAUUUGAAAGCCAUCCAUAAACGAGCGUCACCCACGAAGGCAUACAUCUGUGUCUUCAUCUGCUUCACCACGAAGGCAGUUCAUUUAGAGCUGGUGAGUGAUUUGUCGACACCCGCCUUCCUCACCGCUCUUCGCCGUUUUGUUGCACGCCGAGGCCGUCCUUCCCACAUACACUCGGAUAACGGCAAAAACUUUAUCGGAGCGAAGAAUGAACUGCACCUGCUGUAUCGCAUGCUGGCUGACGAAAAGGAAGUCGAGAAGAUACAGAGAUUCUGCGCCGAGGACCAAAUCACCUGGCAUCUGAACCCGCCCAAAGCACCACACUUCGGCGGGCUCUGGGAGGCUGCCGUGAAGGUAGCCAAGUCGCAACUGCAUCGGCAACUGAGGAACUCGCACCUCUCAUUUGAAGACAUGACGACGAUACUGGCGGAAAUAGAGGCUGCCAUGAACUCCCGCCCGCUCGUGCCCAUGACGGAGGACCCAGAGGACAGUACUGCCAUCACUCCGGCGCAUUUCCUUAUCGGAACGAGUAUGCAUGCUGUGCCCGAUCCGGACGUUAGCGGAGCCAACAUAACACGUCUGGCCCACCAUCAACGAUUGCAGCACUUGUUCCAGCAGUUUUGGCACCAUUGGAGAACGGAGUACCUCCAAGAACUCCAACGCGACACCACCAGAUGCGGCCCCAACAAUGAAGUACAACCUGGCAGACUAGUUGUGGUCGUAGACGAAUUCCAGCAUCCAACUCGUUGGCCCCUUGCCCGUAUCGAAGCUGUUUUCCCAGGGGCUGAUGGAUUGGUACGAGUAGUCAAGCUGCGGACGUCGAAGGGCACCUUUACUCGUCCAACAACAAAAAUUUGUCUGUUGCCUACCGAACCAGCGUGCUCGGAAGGCACCCAACUUGGCAGCGAGCAACGAGAUGAUGGUCAACCGACCAACAGGAAUGGAGAAUUACAAAGUAUUUAG